AUGAAGAACUCGAAAUCUUACAAUAUUUCUAAGCUAUCUGACGUCAAAUUUGAGAAGAAAGAUUCACCGGAAUACAUUAGCAGCGAUCCGGUCAAAAAACCGACACAGCAAAAUGAUGAUAAGGUAUCAUAUAUCUCAUUGUUCCGUUUUGCCACAACGAAAGACAAAAUAUUCAUAUGUAUAGCGAUUGUAGCAACCAUAGUAUGUGGAUGUACCACACCAGUUAAUACGCUUCUAUUUUCUUCGUUGCUUCAAAGUAUGGUCAACUAUGGAAUAUCAUUAAUAGUAGAAGACCCUCAACCAGAUAUAUUUCUUGAAGCUGUACAGGAAUUUGCUAUAUACAAUGCAGUUUUAGGAAUUGCGAUUGUUAUACUGUCAUAUAUUGCAACAGUUCUCAUGAACAUCACCGCUUUUAAUCAGGUGUAUCGGAUCCGUCAGGAAUAUUUGAAAGCAACGUUAAAUCAAGAUUUUGAAUACUUCGACACUCACAAAACUGGAGAUUUUGCAAGCAAAGUCACGAGCGAUGUUAUUAAACUAGAGGAUGGUAUAGGAGAGAAACUAGCGACCUUCAUAUAUUACCAAGUGACAUUCAUAAGCUCUAUAAUAAUGGCGCUUAUAAAGGGUUGGAAACUAACACUCUUAUGUUUGAUCUCGCUUCCUGUCACUUUAGUAAUAAUUGGAAUGGCCUUCUUCCUGUCAUCACGACUUGCAUAUAAAGAGGCUGUUGUAUCUGCCCUGGCUGGUUCUAAGGCUGAGGAAGUACUAUCAUCUAUAAAAACAGUGUUUGCUUUUAGUGGACAACAAAAGGAACUAGAAAAAUAUGAAGGUUAUCUCUCGGAAAUCAGAAGCACCAAUAUAAAGAAAGGUAUAUUCAAUGGUGUGUUGAUGGGAUCAAUAUUCCUAUGUUUAUUUGGAUCUUACUCUUUAUGUUUUUGGUUCGGCUACCAGCUCAUGACGGAUGAACCAGAAAAUUAUGACGUGGAAAUUAUGGUUGCUGUACUAUUUGGUGUAUUGAUGGGCACAACAAACUUUGGUGUAUCCACCACUCUAAUGGAUGUUUUCGGAGUCGCACGUGGCGCCGGUACACAAAUCUUUAAUUUAAUAGACAAUGUCCCCAAAAUUAAUCCAUUACUAAAUCUUGGAAUCGUCCCAAAAAGUAUGGAAGGAAACAUUGAAUUCAAAAACGUUUCAUUCCAUUAUCCUUCUAGACCCAACGUCAAAAUAUUAAAGGGAAUCAACAUCAGUGUCAGCAAAGGGCAAUCAGUUGCGUUAGUUGGACAUUCAGGUAGCGGCAAGUCUACUAUCGUACAACUGAUAUCAAGAAAUUAUGACGUAAUAGGUGGCAGUGUCCAAAUUGAUGGUAAUAAUGUCAAAGAUCUUUCGGUGAGGUGGUUGAGAUCUCAAAUCGGUUUAGUUGGUCAGGAGCCGGUCCUCUUUAAUACGACAGUCAGAGAGAACAUCAGGUAUGGCCGGGAAGACGCUACUGAUGAAGAAAUAGAAAAAGUCGCUAAGCAGGCUAAUGCUCACGAGUUUAUCAUGAAACUUCCACUGGGUUAUGACACAGUAGUUGGUGAGCGAGGUGCAUCGAUAUCAGGAGGUCAAAAACAAAGAAUUGCCAUAGCUCGAGCACUUGUACGAAACCCAAAAAUAUUAUUGUUAGAUGAAGCCACCAGCGCGUUAGAUACAACCUCAGAGGCCAAAGUGCAAAAAGCUUUAGAUAAAGCCCAAAAAGGUCGAACGACAAUUAUUGUCGCGCAUAGACUCUCAACAAUAAGAAACGUGGACAAAAUUUAUGUUUUUAAAAAAGGAGAUGUAGUAGAAAGUGGAAGUCACGAUGAACUUAUGGCCAAAAAAGGUUAUUUCUAUGAUAUGGUGAUGCUUCAAAGAUCACCCAACCAUUCAAAUGAGAAAGAUAUGAACAACAAAUUCGAAAGAAGCGUGUCAAUCCUGAGUGAAAAAGAAGAAGAGGAACAGGUUGAAACGAGAAUUCAAAACGUAGAAGAGGCUAGUACAAAUGAAGAAGUUUCCUUCAUGCGAGUUCUGAAACUGAACUCGCCGGAAUGGAAGUCCAUCUCUGUGGCCAGCAUAUGCGCAAUUCUGAGCGGUUUUGCAAUGCCAUUGAUGGCAAUUGUAAUGGGAGACUUUAUGGGGAUUCUAUCCGAUACUGACAAAGACUAUGUAUUAUCUGAAGUAAAAAAAUUGGUGCUGAUAUUUAUGGGUAUCGGAAUAUACUCAGGAGUAACAAACUUUUUAGUGGUGUUCAUGUACGGAAUAGCUGGAGAACAUUUAACAUGCAGGUUGCGAAAAUUGCUAUUCCAACAUUUACUGCAACAAGAAAUCGGAUUUUUUGAUGAUAAAAAUAAUUCAACUGGAGCUCUUUGUGCUCGAAUUUCAGGAGAUGCUGCAUCAGUACAAGGGGCUACAGGUCAAAGAAUAGGAACAGUUUUACAAGCUUUCGGAACACUUUGUUUCUCGUUGAUAGUCUCACUAUACUAUGAAUGGCGCCUGGGUUUGGUUGCUCUAGCAUUUGUUCCUAUUAUGGCUGCAAUAGUUUAUAAGCAAGGCAGAAUGGUAAAUGCGGAAUCUUUUGGAACAGCAAAAACAAUGGAAAAGAGUUCUAAGCUCGCAGUAGAAGCUGUAGCUAAUAUACGUACAGUGGCAUCACUAGGCCGCGAACCAAUUAUAUUAAGCGACUACGCUAUCCAGCUUCUGCCCGCACUUGAACUUGCUAAAAAAUCAUCACAUUGGAGAGGGCUUGUUUUUGGAUUAUCUAGAGGGCUUUUCAACUUGGUAUACUCCGUUACCAUGUUUUAUGGUGGUCAACUGAUAGUGUACCAGGGUGUUGAUUAUAACAUAGUACUUAAAUCAGCUCAAACUUUAUUGAUGGGAUCGUCAUCUGCAGCGCAAGCUCUUGCAUUCGCACCUAACUUCCAAACUGGAAUAAAGGCUGCGGGUCGUAUUAUCGUAACCUUAGCAAGAAAAUCAAAAAUCACGGAUCCAGUGAAACCUGCAAUAGAAAACUUUAGAGGAACAGGUGAAGCAACGUUAACAGAUGUAACAUUUACUUAUCCGACCAGGCCGUUAAUACAAGUAUUGAAGAAUUGUAACUUAGAAAUUGAGAAUGGGAAAACAGUAGCUCUUGUCGGUGGGAGUGGAUGUGGCAAGAGUACUAUCAUACAGUUACUAGAGAGAUAUUACGAUCCCGACGAAGGUGUUGUGGCUCAGAAUGGAACUCCCCUCCCAAAUCUCCGUUUGGUGGACUUAAGACAGUCUAUAGGUUUUGUGCAACAAGAACCUAUAUUAUUCAACGGCACCAUUAAAGAAAAUAUUGCUUACGGUGACAAUUCUAAAACACACAGCAUGAAUGAUAUAAUUGAAGUGGCUAAGCAAGCUAAUAUACACAACUUUGUCGUAUCUUUGCCAAUGGGUUAUGAUACCGAUAUAGGUUCAAAGGGUACACAAUUGUCUGGAGGUCAGAAACAAAGGAUAGCCAUAGCUAGAGCUUUAAUAAGACGUCCAAAAAUGUUAUUACUAGACGAAGCCACUAGUGCCUUGGACACAGAAAGUGAAAAGGUGGUUCAAGAAGCCCUGGACGCAGCUAAAGCUGGUCGUACGUGUGUCAUGAUCGCUCACCGACUGAGUACAGUUCGUGACGCUGACGUUAUAUGUGUACUCAAUAAUGGAAGUGUCGCUGAGCGAGGAACGCACGCAGAGCUACUAGAACUCAAAGGACUUUAUUAUAAUCUGUAUAAACGGGGAUACUCGUGA